AUGGACACGUACAUUGACGGCCGGUUUGAGCGCCUGGAAAAGGCUCUUGCGACGCUGAUUGACUCGGUCACGAAAUAUCAUCCCUCGGCAAUUCAGGCAGAGGAGCUCAAGGCUGCUGACAAUGAACUCUGCAAAGGGCUCGAACAAGUGGAAAUACAUCAGAACAACCACCUCAAGAUCCUGCAGCUUCGCCAGCUAUCCACGUCUCUAGAUGCGCAGAUCCGCGAGACGCUCAGCUCACUUGCAACGACGCGAAAAGACAUUGUCAAUACCCAAGUCACCAUCUACCCUUCCGAACCAAACUUCCCGAUCCUAUACGAAGAGCUUCUCGGUCAUGCCCGUCGCAUCAGCAAGACGUCUAUGCCACCCGCUGCCAUUCUAAAUGCCAUGGCCGCAACUCAAGAGAGUCAAACACCGUUGCCCGACUCCCAGGCCCAAUCAGCCAUGACGCCCUCCGCGCAAACUCCGAAUCCUAUGCAGAGUCCUGCUCCUACAAACGGCAUCAUCGAACAAUCCGCCCAGCAAGCCCAGGCCUCCUUGCACACGACUCUUCCCGACAAUAUGAAUCAGUUCCUUAAUCCUCUGUCGGGACAGCUAUUCUUUCCCUGGCCGCUUGAAGACAAAAUCCGUUCCGGAGCACUGGCGUCCAAUCAGAUCCUCCUGGAGCAAGGCAUCGACCCUAGAGGCUACGAUCCUGUCGCAGAAGAAGAGCGCAAACGCAAGGAAGAAGAGGAACGCAAAGAGAAGGAAGAAAAGGAGAAGCAAGAGCGUGCCGAGCGCGAGAAGGAGGCGGAACGCCAUCGCCAAGAGAGACAGCGACAGAUUGAAAAACAGCAAGCAGAAUGGCGAAGAGCGAGCACUGCGGUCGGUGCCUCCGGAGACGCAGCCGUUGCCGCACCCCCGAGUGCAAAGGCGGAAAAGAAGCAGUUCCAGUUUACUAACUUGGAUGAUUUGGAUGACGACGACGAUGAAGACUAG